AUGGAAGAAUAUUACUACAAGAGGCAUCAUGUGCCUGCAUUUGGGAGCUGGGAUUGGAAUGAUAAUCUUCCCUUCACUCAGUGCUUUGAGUCUGCAAGACAAGCUGGUUUGUUAAGAUAUAGUUAUUCUGAGUCUGAAGAUAGAGAUCUUUAUGUCACUGGGGACUUGUAUGAGAAUGAUGUUGUCACACCUGCUAUGAUCGUUGUUCCUCGCAGAAGGGAAAAGGCACGUUGCCAGCAUGAAAAAGAAGCAAAAAAACAGAGUUGGGUGAGUAAUGUGAGGGAGCUACCUAGCCCAACUAGUCCAAUUCCAAGACCAAAACCAAAGCCUGUGGAUGAGGAUUUGUACAAGAUCUCACCAGAGCUACUUUAUGCCAAAACUAGGAAGAAGAGAGGGUUGUGUUUCUUUCCAAGCUGUUUGAUACCAACAUGCAUUGCCUGA